AUGAGUAUUAGUGAUUUAAAAAUUUGGAUUUCAUUGUAUUAUAAGAAUAUUUUAAUGCUAGUUGGUCCAGAAUUAAUUAUUACACCAUUAGCAUUAAAAUAUGCAACAACGUAUUAUGGGUGUUUUCUUAUUUUUAUUGCUUUAUUAAUAAGUUUUCUCACAGUAUGGUUAACUUAUAAACUUAAUUUAAAAGCACAAUUUGAUAGUAUUUAUGAAAUUGCAUGGAGAUUUGGAGGUAAUUCAUUACGUACAUUUACUAAGGUAGUACAACUAAUUUAUAAUUUAGUUCAAGUGUCAAUAUAUGUAACGUUAAUUUCUGCAUUACUUGAAUUUUUAUUAAACCAUGCUCGUGGAGAAGCUCAUGGACUUCUUAUGACAUCAAAUGAAAUUCUUAAAAUAAGUAUUCAUUUCAUAGUAUUUCUUCUUUCUAUUCUCUCAUUUUCUCCAUUAAUAUCUAAACUCUCAGUUCAUUCUCGAGUAUUAUCUGUUAUUGCAUAUAUUUUAUUAUUAAUAUCUUCUAUUGCACAUUUUAUUCAUUUUAAAUUAAACCCAAAUUAUGAAAGUAUUAAAGAAAAUUUAAAAGUACCAAAUUAUACAUUUGGUGAUGGAUUUUCUAUUUUCCCUUAUUUUAUUUGUAUUUUCGCUACUCAUAAUAAUCUCCCAUUAGUUUCUCCUUCAAUUAAUGCAUCAACAAAUGUUAAAUUUAGUGCUUUACUAGCUGCUUUAUUAACAAUUGGAGUUUAUGCAAUUUUAUAUGGUAAUUUUGUUUAUAACACAUUGUUUUCAGAAACACAUGCUAUUCCAUUAUUAUUUUAUCCAUCAGAUUUUUAUGAUACAAAUAACAUUCUCUUCACUAUUGAUGUUUUUGUUGCAUGUCUAUUUAUUUCAACUUUCUUUUUAGCAGUCCCAUCAUUGUUUACUUUUAUUCAUGACCUUAUAGAUGAACAAUUUUUCAGUGAAUGGCAACCAUCAUUAAUUAGAAGAGCUGUAAUUUGUUUAAUAUUUACUUCCUUUGCUGGAAUGCUUUCAGCAUUAUUUUGGAUGGAUGAUAUUCAAAUUGCUUUUAAUGGAGCAGUUUGUGGAGUUAUAAUGAUUUAUUUCAUCCCAGGUAUUGUUUCUUUUGUUUAUGGUGGUAAAAUCAAAAUUAUUUCUUUAAUUGUUGUUGUAUUAGGUAUUAUAUGGUUUGCUAUUGGUAUUGUUUAUGUUGCACUUAGUUUAGUUCUUGGAGUGUCUGAUACUAUAGCCAACGCACGUUUAUAA